UAAAAAUAAACAUAAAAAUGUCUCAAAACAGUGACGAUCCAUCUUCUAGCUCAUCUGUCUUCUCGAAAGAAACACAAAAAAAGUCUGUUCUUGGUAAAAGGAAGCGUUCUGCAUCGAAUGAAGAGUCUGAAUUACUGUCCUCAACAUCAAAUAGUAACACCAGUGUAGUUAGUGAUGGUGAUAUUCCGUCAAAAACAAACGAUUGGAAUGCAGAACUAAUCUGUAAUCGUCUGCAAAUCACUUAUAGAGAAUAUUCAGAUCCGUAUUCUCACUUCAUCAAAGAAUAUAUAACAAUAAAACAGGAUUCAAAAUUCUGUAAUUGUAUUUUGGAACAAUUCCCCAACCUUGUCAAAGAUCUUGUCCCAACCGUGGCACCAACAUUCAUUGUUGACAUUAUUGGUCAAGAUGAGAUAAACACAAGCAACAUUAAUAAGCAACAAAAGCAAAAAGUUGAAAAUACACUUGAAACAAUUGACCAUGCUUUCAAAUUGAGGAUGGAAUGCUUUGAGUUUGUUCUGAAUUGUUGGGAUGACUUAGAUUGUGAAUAUAUCAAUCAAAUUAAUGUUGGCCAUGCGUUGAAAAUGGUUCAAGAACUUGAUAGACAAUUUGAGAGGUCAUCAUUAUAUUUAUGUGAAUGGUUUAAUAGAAAAAGUGAAGAGAAAAAGGUUAUUGUACUGGAAACAUGUCAUCUCAUUUUUUAUGGACUGAAAUUAUUUUAUGACCAGUUGCUCUUUAUGAUGAACCACAGCCAUAAUGAUAAUCCAGUGUCAGAAAAGAUGUUUUUAGAUUUAUUUACAGCUUUUGUCAGAAUUUUUCAUUUAAAGAUUUAUGAUACUACAAAAACGGAACACUAUUUUACCAUAGGAGAGAGAGAGUUUAUUUCAGAACCUGAUGCAAUAAUAUAUAAGUUUACAGAGUCUGAGUCUUGUGAUGCUGCCAGAUUAGAAUCAUCUGCAUUUGUUGUUGCCAAAGUAAAAGAAUACUGUAAAGGAAAAAAGAAGGACACAACCUUUAAUUUGAGACAAGCAUCAAUAAAUUUAGAACCAGUUGCUGAUCAUAUUGAUAGUAAUGUCAAAGGUCAACACAUGGGAGAAAUGUUGGCAAUGACACAGUCAUCAUCAGCAUUGGGAAACAAUGGAGUGUUUGGUUUUAUUGUUCAAGGAACAAAGGUCACGUUAUCUUCGUUGAAAGUCGGUGAUGAUUUCUUUGACAGCAAAGAUUCUACAGCAACAGUUAAAAGAAAUGGUGGAACAGUUAAAUAUAGUAAACAGUGUAACAUUUUAUUAAAACGUGGUAGACAUGAACUCAUUCCAGUGAUGUUAAGCAUGGCCACACUCUUCAAAAAUGAUUAGUUAUCAGUAAAGGGUGGUAGACAUGAGCUCAUUCCAGUCAUACUAAACCAGGCCACACUCUACAAAAAUUAUUAGAUUUCAUCAUCAACAUUACAGUACUGUAAAAGAUAUAACAGGAGUUUGGAACAUGAAAAGAUAUUGUCUUGUAAAAAGCUGUGUAUUGCCUGUAAAAUAAAUUGCAGUGGCUUUAAACAUGAAAAGAUUCUCUUUUGUAACAAGCUGUGUGUUGCAUGCAGUUGUAACUGGUAUUGUCUUGCUGCUUUUUCCAAGGAAUUGUGGUGAAAAACAAGACUGUAAACAAAAGAAGUUGCUUGCAGAAUUUUUUGUGUACGUGUCUUUCCUUUACUACUAUAAUUAUUGAUUCAACUGCAUUUUAUUGCUGAUUACGAAGAUGAAGUUUGUACAAAACAUGUGAAUUGGAAUGGAAUUCUGGAAAACUUUGGUAAUCCAAAGCAUUUCACUAUUGAACAUGUUGAACACUAAGGAAGUGAUAUAGGGAUGCUAUACUUGAACUAUAUUUCAAACAAUUAAACAAUAGAUUAAUUUAAAACAAAAUUCAUUGGAAUAUUUACUUGUCAUGUUCUGUAUACUUAAACUCUAUGAUUGAAAGAGUUCUUGUUGUAAGACAAUGUUGGAAGUUCUUUUGAUUUUGUUUUAUGUAAUGGUUAUGCACCUCCUAGCAAAAGACCAAUAAAGUAAAUGUUUGAUAUCAUGA